AACCGCAACUGUAGAUUAUAGUUUCGGUGUUGUUAUUCUCGUUUUUGCAGACAGAUAAACAAAAACAUUAUUAUAUAUGUUCAAUAAUACUUUGUCGUAAUAUGUUUUCUAAUGAUCGUAUUCGUAAAUCAUUCGAAGAUGCUCUAUGUUUAGAAGGCCUCAUAAAGCAAAUUUAUGGAGGGGGUGGCACUCAACCAUUUGGGGAGCAUGGACAUAUCUUAUUGGAUAGUCUCAAUCUCGACAAUAUCGAUGAUUUCAUUGAAAAAGAAUUACGGAAAGCAGUUCAGUUUGCAGAAUCUUCAUCAUCUGUUAAUGAAAAUCGUGGAGUAAUUGGACCAGAUAAAGUGAUAUUUGAUGUUUCAAGUAAUGUGGGUAGUUUGGUAAUUGAUAGAGAUAGACUCGGACUUUCUAGUCAAAGUAAUUUUAGUUCUAUUCGUGCCAACUGCUGUGUAUAUAAAGGAAAAUGGCAAUAUGAGUUGAUGCUUGGAUCAAAAGGAGUCAUGCAAAUAGGAUGGGCUACUCUCAGUUGUAAAUUUUCACAAGAAAAAGGUGUUGGAGAUACUCCACAUUCUUAUGCAUAUGAUGGUCAUCGAAUACGGAAGUGGAACGUUUCUACUUAUAAAUAUGGAGAGUCAUGGCUAACUGGAGAUGUCAUUGGUUGUGCAAUAGAUCUAGAUCGAGGAGUUAUUGGAUUUUACAGAAAUGGUAAUUACCUGGGAGAUGCUUUUGAAAAAGUUCAGGUUGGCCCAGCACUUGCAUAUUUCCCUGCUGUCAGCUUAGCUUACAAUGAGAAUCUCGUUGCAAACUUUGGCUCUACACCUUUAAGAUAUCCUAUUUGUGGAUAUCUUCCAUUGCAAACUUAUCCUAAGAAAGAAGUUGCCCAAACAAAUAGGCUAUUGAUGUGGCUAGAAAAAUUGCUUGAUAUUUACAAUUCUGUGAUUCAAGAUCCAAAUCCAGUUUUUGUUGUAAGAAAUUGGCCUGCACAGUUCAAUCAAGGUAGUAAAUCACAACUUUUGCUGGUUGCUGCUCCUCUCAUGCAUAGGCUCAGUCCUCUACUUGCAAAUGCGUUCCUUACUGAAGGAUGUUUAUUGCCAUUUCUCUUUGAUUUGCAAGUGAAAGAUCAAGGAUCAAUGAAUUCCAAAUCUAGGAUUACUUCUGUUCUUGAAAUCAUGUGGGCCCUUAUGGAGCCUCAUGAACUUUAUCAAUGCUUAGAAUUCAUUGUUGUUGCUUUAUUGACUGGUUAUCGAUUUGCACCUGCUACUCCAGAGUUUCAUGAACAAAAGAAAUAUUUAGCUUUAACACUUGCUCUCCUACAACACACCCCAACUAAACAUUACCUGUUACAGAAUGUAUUGUUUGAUAAAAUUAAAUUCCCUGUACUAUUAGAAGUAAAGCCUUUAGACAAAGUUGGAUUGGCAGAAGUUGUACCUGAAGUGUGGCUGGAUUUUAAACAAGAUAUGAGUGAUGAUGAACUAUUUAGAAAAGCCUGUUAUCAAAAAUCUUGCACUCACCUGAAAUUAGUUGUAAAAGAGGUUGAGCUUGUGCAAUUAGAAAUUUUGUUAGAACUCUUUGAUGCUUCUAAUGUGUAUCAAGGCCAGUGCAGUCGUUGUAUCUUCUUAGCAAAGCUGAGGGAGUUUUUGAAGGAAAAUUCUGGAGGGGCUCGAGUAAUUAUGGUCCCAGUUGUUCACCUAUGCCCGUUGCCAGUGGCACUGGCUUUCUUCCAUCGUCUCAUCUCGCUCCUCCGCAUCUGCGUUUCUGCAUCUGGAAUAGAUCUAAAUGGUCUUAGCGUACCAGGCAGUUCUUUUUAUGAUAAUUCUAUAACCUACACAGAAGUCCAGCGUAUUGGUGGUCUUCAAUCGCACUUGAUGAGAGUCUACCAGGAUGUUGUUCUGCAAGAAAUAAGCAAAGAGAAAGCUUCUUUAGACUCUGAAUCAGUGGGAAGACUUAUUAAAUCUGAUAAAGCAAAAGCUCAACAUUUGCGACAUGCUGGUGAUAAGGAUAAUUUUGGGACACUUAUUGAGCUUCUAGAUGGUAUAAUUCGACUGUAUCACAUUGCUGCUCAUCGUCAACUUGAAAAGAUGUGUGCUUUUCGUGAUACUAUGCAUGAAUACAGACAUUCACUGAAAGAAAUUGAAAAGCGACUUCAAGUCCAGAAAGGAGAUGUCGAACAAGAAUUGAAUCUUGCUAAAAAUGUAUUCCUUGAAGAAUUAGUUGAACAAGGUCGUCACCAAGCAUGGAUAACAUCUGUUGUUUAUUCAGCUGAUCGGCAAGCCGAUGUCUAUUGGUUGUUGCAAAUAUUGCUUCGAACUUUAUCUCAAGCAUCUGAAACAGGUGUCCUCUUUUCCUUUGUACCUGAUUUCUAUGUUGAAGCUUGUAUUAAAUGUUGCCAUGCUCUUCGAAACUUUUUCCCCCCUGCUGCUCCUGCUGACAGUCUACCAGCAUUUGCAGGACAUCAUGAACUUUUAAUAAAGUACGGGUCUUUCUUAGCUCACCAUUUUGCAGAUGAACGGGUAGUUAAUGCAGAAUUGAAGGAUAGCUUGGUUCAGGCAUUAGCAUCCUACGUUUGUUAUCCUGCCACUUUACAGGCUCUGGAAAGCAUGGAUUCUGAAAGUCGUCUCAUAAUGACUAAAGCUCUCCUGCAACCUUAUGAAAACAGGGCAUGGGCACAAUCAAACUGGAUUCUGAUAAGGUUAUGGAAGGGGUGUGGAUUUGCCUUUCGUUAUUCAGUUUCACCACAUCUGGCUAAGAAGAUGAGCUGCAAAUCUAUUCCAUUACCUGAGGCAUUUCCAACAAUAUCCCAAACUCCGUGUCCCUCACCUGUUUUUCUAGAACAUGCGAGUCAAUGGCUAUUAGAAAAUCCUGAAUCAGCUGCUAGUUUUAUGAGCAGUGUCUUAAAUCAGCUCAACUGGGCUUUCUCAGAGUUUAUUGGAAUGCUUCAAGAAAUUCAAAAUGCUUCCAACAGACCUGAGCGAGUAUUUAUUGAUUCACGGCAACUGAAAAUAUGUGCAACUUGCUUUGAUCUUGCAUUAGGCUUGUUACGUGUUUUAGAAAUGACAGUUCAUUUGGUGCCUCAACUCUUUACUGAUCCUUCUAGGCCCUCUUCUGAAAUAUUUUUAACUAGGUUAUGUCAGUUAGUUUGUCAAGUUUUGAACAGAGUGACAUCGAAAUCUGGUUGCUUUUGCUUAGUUGCAAGCAUGGAAAUUCCUGGACUUGAAACGAUUGAUCAUUUCCCCAUUCUGACUGCUGUUACUGGAAUAUUAAUUUCUCUUAUCAUUGAUGGAGUCCCAAAAAGCCAAAAGAAAGCAAUCAAUGCCUUAUUGCAAGAACCAAGUUUCCAACCAUCAUCUUUAGACUUCUUACUUGGAAUGUCUCAGGAACCUCUUAACUUCAAGCCAUUUUCUUUAAGAGAUUAUAAAGAAGUGAGUAAAGAAGAAACAGAAAAAGUUGAAAAUCUCAUACAGUUGUUGCAUUCAAAGUAUGAUAUAGCUCAACAGAACAGAGGCCUGGAAGAAAUUGAUGAUGAUCUUGUUUGUACUAUAUGUUAUGCUAGUCCAAAAACAACAUCAUUUCAUCCUUGUGAACAUCAGUCAUGCAGAUCUUGUAUAUCUCUUCAUCUCCUAAGUCACAAAGAAUGUUUCUUCUGCAAAACAGUUAUCGAUUGCAUAAAACCAUUACAGCCAGAAAAAAAAUGAAUGCAGAAUUUUGUUGGUUGAGUAACUUAUACAACCUUGUUAGAAAUAAUUCCAGAACAUUUGAUAAGUGUAAAUACCCCACAUGUAUUUAGUACUUCAACCAGAGUAUCGCAAAAUCUUCCAAUUUUUGCGUGAA